UGUCACGUCUGUGACUCACAUUGCUGGUUCAUUCUGCUAGUGCCGUCCGCUUGCUACUGUCGUUGCUAGGCUUAUCGAAAACGGCUGCCCUAUUCCUCGGCGUUCUUGGUUGAAUAGUUAUUUCAAGCGAGUUUGUAAGUGUUCUAAACAUCCUCCAACACCAGCAUGGGCUUCAAGCAUUUAAUUACGGUCAAGGCGAAUGAAGUUAUUCCGGUGCACAAGUAUCGAUCGGAGCGUACCGGACUGACAGUUAUUGUCGGUGAAGUCGAAGGACCGGUAGUGAACGGUUACUUUACGCUCGCAACCGAGGCGCACGACGAUGAUGGCUUGCCGCAUACCUUGGAGCACCUGAUUUUCCUCGGUUCCGAGAAGUAUCCGUACAAAGGCAUUCUCGAUUUGGUGGCAAAUCGGUGUUUGGCGUCCGGCACGAAUGCUUGGACCGAUAGGGAUCACACCUGCUAUACAAUGACUACGGCUGGUAGCGAAGGGUUCCUUUCUCUACUACCGGUCUACUUGGACCACAUCCUGUAUCCUACGCUAACCGAUUCCGGCUUCGUCACGGAGGUUCAUCAUAUAACCGGGCAGGGCGAGGACGGUGGCGUCGUGUACUGUGAAAUGCAGGGACGCGAGAAUACGGGCGAAUCGAGAGUGAACCUGGAGCUGCUGCGGGCUGUCUAUCCAAAUAGCGGCUACAGUGCCGAAACCGGUGGCAUCUUGAGCAAUCUUCGUACCAGCACUACGAAUGAAAAGGUGCGCGCCUACCACGCAGCGUUCUACCGUCCGGAUAAUUUACACGUCAUCAUAACCGGGCAAAUAAAGCCAGAUGAUAUCUUUAAAGCCCUUGAACCAAUUGAAGAGAAAAUUGUAUCGAAAGGAGCCCUUCCACCCUUCGAACGCCCGUGGCAAACGCUGGUAGAGCCAUUGGAAGAAUCUAAAAAUAUGAAAAUAGAGUAUCCGGCCGAUGAAGAGGAUUGCGGAUUGCUGAACGUGGCUUGGAGAGGGCCCAAGGCUACAACGGAAUACGACACACUAACGGCCUGUUCGGUAUUGCUUCGCUACCUCACAGAUACCUCAGCUAGUCCGGUGCAGCGAGAGUUCAUUGAAGUCGAGGAUCCUUACGCUAGUCGCGUAGGAUACAGCAUUGUGGAGAACUCAGUUUCAUUGCUGUACAUAUCGUUCGAAAAUAUACCGCUCGGCAAAGAGGAUCAUAUAUUCCCAAAACUCUCCGAACUGCUUGCAUCGAUUGCGGGUGGUAAGGAGAAGCUGGAUAUGCACCGAAUGAGAAACGUGAUCGAGCGCUAUAGGCUCGAAGCACUCAGCAGCUUAGAAUCCAACCCGCACGACGAUAUUGCAUUUCACGUCAUCGGAGACGUGCUUUACGGAUCUGACGAAACAGAGUUCGAUAAACGGCUGAAUGUUAACAGAUGUCUGCAGACAUUAAAGGAUAAGGAAGAGAGUUUUUGGCUGACGUUGUUAAAUGAUUACAUUAUAAAUAACAAGCACGUCGUAGUUCGAGCAGUCCCCAGCAUCAAAGAAAACGAACGCACAGCGAACGUUGAGCAGAAGAGAUUGGAAAAACAAAGGGAAACGCUCGGCGAAAGCGGGCUGAAAGAAAAGGAAACCAUAUUGUCCAACGCGAUGGCUACAAAUGAAAUAGCUCCUCCAGACGAGAUGAUUACCUCGAUACCUGUACCAUCAACCGAAGGGAUUAAAUUCUAUCCCGUCGAGGUGUAUACGUCGAAAACGGAGAAAAAUCCCCCGGGAUUGAAGAUAGGAGAUUUACCAGUUUAUGCGGAAGCAUACGAUUUGCAUACGAAUUUCUGCUAUCUAAAGAUUACCAUGAAUACGGAGCCACUAAGCGUGGAAUUACGGCCAUACUUAGUUUUGUUGAUGGAAUUAUUCACUGAAUCACCUAUACGUCGGGGAGAAAAACUUAUCCCGUACGAGGAGGUUGUGGCUACUCUGGAGUCCAACACGGUCGAAACUUUGACGGAUCUUGGGUUCAGUUCCCUGAAUCGUUUCAGCGUAGGUGCAUACUCGAGCACAGCUACACUUUACAUGCAAGUGAUCCGGGAAAAGUAUACAACUGGCAUCGAGCUGAUCACGGAACUGUUGCACAAAACCGAAUUUACGCCCGAAAGGAUUAAAGUAUGUGCUACGAAGCUUAUUAACGAAGUGGCACAAGUGAAGCGAGAAGGAAACUCUAUUGCUAAAGACUUACUAAAAGCUAUGCGCUACCGCGAAGAUAGUAACGUACGCAUAAGCUCACUGUUAAAACAGUCCAAAUUCCUUGCGUCAUUGUUGGAGCUGCUGGAGAAGCCAGAUUCGGUGAAUACGGUAAUUGAAAAUCUUAACAAAACGCGAACUGUAAUUACGCUACCGGAAAAUCUUGCCAUCCAUAUGGCUGCGGAUUGGAGUGCGAUGGAAGGAUUAGGAAUCGAUCUGGUCGUGCCGUGGAAGCGCCUAGUACAAUCUAAUGUGACGGAACAAUUGGUAAAAAGAUUCACAGCUUUGCCAGACUGGGAGCAUAUGGUUAAGAAUAACGAUGCACUUAAGCCAUACAGUGGUGUGAUCGUGGGAUUGGGCAGCGUCGAAAGUGCAUUUCUGUUUCGCACUUGUCAAGCCAUCACCGAUUUCAAUGAUCCAGAUCUGGUGCCACUUCUCUUGUUCCUUCAAUACCUCACUCAACUGGAAGGUCCACUGUGGCGACAAAUCCGAGGACAAGGAUUUGCCUACGGGUAUAAUAUAGUACCACGACCAAACGAAGGAAUGUUAUACUUCACGCUUUAUCGAGCUUCAAACGUUGUUGCAGCCUAUAAAGAAGCUGUUACUAUUGUGGAAAAGCAAGUCAUCGAUGGAGCGGAAUGGGAUGCAACUCUGUUGGAAUCGGCUAGAAGCUCGUUGAUUUUCGAAAUAAUUGCACGAGAAAAUAGCAUUGAAAAAGUAGUGAAUACAUCAAUCCUGGCAAGCUUCAAAGGAGUACCGGUAGGCUAUAAUCAAUCUCUGGUGAGUCAAGUCGGCAAGGUGACAAAAGAAGAUUUACAGCGUGUAGGGAACCGCUAUGUGAAGCAUCUAUUUUCCUUCACUGACACAUGCACUGCAAUCGUUUGCCACCCAGACAAGGCCGCGGAUAUCGCGAGCUCGUUCAAAGACAUGGGAUUUCAGAUGAAAGUAGAAACUAGCCUUGAUGAAAGUAUUCUUGCUUAAUCGCAUAAUCGCGGCGAUGGCUGAAGCAGGAUAAUAUAAUUUACUCUAUACAUCAAUAAUAAUAAUGAAUAAAUAAAUACAUUUAUUCCAUG